AUGUCACUAAAAUAUAACGAAGAGUUUAAAUACGCAUUACGUGAUAUAGCAAACAACUCAUUCAAAUUGGAAAAUCAAUUUGACAGAGUUCGUUGUACUGAAUGGGUUCAUAAACUGGUGAUGUUGUCAGAUGACUCUUUAGAAAAUAUUAAAAUUCGCAAUGAUUAUGCUCAAUAUUUACGUAUAAUGCUCAGAGCUGGUGUUCUGCACGGAAUUUUUUCCAACAGUCCACCAUCAACUUUAAUGCCAUUCCCUGAAGCUAUGGGAAAGCUAGUAGCAUCAAAAGUAACAUCUCUUCCACCUAUGGGACCAAUAAAUGUAUAUAUGAAGCACUGGUCUCCAGAUGGACGAGCUUAUGUCGCUAUAAAACCGAUACCUGGAAAAGGAGUAUUAACUUAUUUAUCAGUUACUCCAAUAACUGAUGGGCAACAUAAUUAG